AUGGAGAUCCUCACCGAGGAAAUCUUAGGCAUCAACGUCCACAGGGACAAAGACGAUCCGGCUGAAGCCUCACCCACCGUCGUGCUCCGGGCCUUGGCCGGAUGCGAGCAACCUGAAAACGCCUCACAUCCAACCUGCCUUGGUAAGCCAUCACGAUACCAUGCAAGCCUCGGAGUGAGCAUAACAGAUAUUCAAGCAUGGGAGAACACCAUGCAGCAGAUGCGGUUGAGAUCAGUCAUAAACACCAGGUCUUUGGGUUAUACAAUGGUUGACAUACUCUACGUGAACGACGACGCCCUUGAACGCGCAAGGAACGAAGAGAACCUGAAGUUAGAGUAUUAUGGUAGCUACGAGGCGCCGAAUGCAGCAUGGAGGCAGUUCGCAAAGAUCUCGGAGUUUGACACCUCGAUGCUACUGCCUUGCGAAACAGCGCUCUCUUGGGACCUACCAAACUAUGUUCGAGUUACUGGAGACGCGGAAGGUGUCAUCGAGGUGGACGGGCGAUUGCGUUGGAACUGCGCAGAUCGCUGGUGGUUGGCGCCAGCUUGCCGUGGCAACUCGUCCACUUGCAUCCCACUGUUUGUACCCAGCUGGGGUUUUCCUCGAAUCGCAUAUCCCACGGAAAUCAUGUUGAAAGCAGCUGUGUGGCAGCUCACUUUCGCCGUUGGCAUUUUGGAUGGAAUUCAGCCAGGAGACUCGUUCCAUGAUACCAUCGCAGCCCGGGAUGACAUUCUUUUCUGGUAUUGGGCUCCUACGCUUCCACCAGCAGGCUUUGCACGAAGGAAGCAUGAAAUUAUGUUCCCGCCCUACAAUGGGAAAGAAUGGGCCGAUGGGAAUACCGCAACAGCCGCUCCUGGCUGGCCUGCGAGCGUGGCUUACCGAACUGACCUGGCCCAACUGGCCCCUGAAGCGUUUUACAUGCUAUCAAGGAUGAGUUGGACCCGCGAGGACGUCGAAGCGGUGUUGAUUCUUCAGGCAGCUUCAAACUUAACUGACAAGUUCACUUGGGCUGGCCUCCGAGAUGGAGCAUGCAAGUGGCUCCAUGCUAAUGAGAGAGUGUGGAGGCGAUGGAUUCCGGUGAAAUCCAGCUGCCUGCCAGGCCAGGGCAUGUUUUCGGAAGAAACCCAAGAGUUCGUAGGAGUCCGCGCUGCGAGCACGGUUUGCCAACCUUGCCCACCUGGGCUCUUCUCAGCAUCAGCGUCAGAUGAGACAGGUGAGACCGCCAUUUGCUCACCAUGCACGCCGGGAACCAUUUCACCCAAUGUUGGCGCUCUUGCAUGCCAAGGUUGCUUUGAGGGUACCUUUGCCAACGCUUCGGGCAUGAGUGUCUGCGAGAAGUGCCCACAAGGUGAGUACCAGGACAUGCCAGCAGCUUCAGCUUGCAAAGCUUGCUCUGAGAAGAAGAUUACGCUCUUCUUGGGUGCAACCAGCGCGGAUGACUGCGAGUGCAUGCCGGGCACCUAUUGGUACAAUGGAAGCUGCAUCAGCUGCCAGGAAGGUCUGUUUUGCAAAGGAGGUCUGGCCCCUGUGGAGCAAAAGGCAGGCUUCUGGGUUGAAGUUGAAAACGUGGGAUCUGAUGAAAUGGAUGAAAUGCCCAGAUACUCUGUGUUCCUUUGCAGAGACACUUUGCAAUGUCCUCAGGGAGGCCUGGGUCAGUGUGCCACUGGACGUACAGGCCGCUCCUGCGGCGCGUGCAUGCUAGGCACUAGUGCCCGUUCCAAUGGUACCUGUCAGCUCUGUGAUGGAAUCCAGCUGUUACCUAUCAUCUUUUGGUUGGCGGCAGUAGCUCUCCUUGUCUUGGUCCUCACGUUUGGAUGCAUGCUCGGGAAGAAGAUGACUCUGAACGCAGCAAUGAUUAUGGUCGUUUUUGGCCAGAUGGUGGUGUGCAUGCAGUCGCUGGCAGCCAUCUACAAGCUGGAUGUUGCUUGGUUGGAACCGGCCAAGUCUUUCUUGCGAUUGAUGACGGUUCUGAGCCUUGACCUCGAUGUCUCUUGCUUUCUGCCUCCAGCUCACACGACCAUCUUUGCUCUGCGGCUUGCCACUUAUCCGAUCGCCGCAGCCGUCGUGCUAUAUGUGUGGUGGCUGCUCAAGCUAUUUCGCACAGCACCCAGGUUCCACGUUCUCAUCAAUUUGCAUGGCAUACUGACACUUUCUCUUUUCACAGCGAUGUCCGACACUGUGCUUUCGCCCUUCCAAUGCCGUGGCAACCCAAACGGUUUGCCCACGCUACAGGCACACAGUGACGUCAUUUGUUGGAGGGGCGAGCAUGAGACUCUUGCUACCAUGGGGGUGCUGGGAAUUCUUGCGUACCCAGUAGCGAUCUUUACCUGGUUUGUUUACCUCACAUGGAUGUAUCCGAAGUGGGUUACAUCAGGCACCGGGUUGGACCUUCUUGAACGUUACAGGUUCUUGUUCGGUCGUUUCCGGUCAGACAGAUACUAUGGGGGCGUCUUGUUCACGCUUCUCAACUUUGCCAUCGCCGCGAUCCCAGUCCUCCUGGUGUUCCAGCCAAUUCUGCAGAUUGGAACUGUGUCACUGGUCCUGUGCACAAGACUUGUUCUGCAAGCCGUGCUUUGGCCAUGGAAGCAACAGCUUCCAAAUUUCACCGAGAUGGUGCUCUCAACAGGAUUGCUUGGCGGCUUGGUAUUGGCAGCGCCACUACUGAACAUGACGGGGCCAGGCAGCGAAGCGCUUUUGUCAGGGAUACUGACAGGGCUUUUCGCAUCCCCUCUCGCAGGAACUUUGUUUGUCGCGCUGUGCGCUUUCUCGUACAGAUGGCGGAGACAUCGCAGAUACUUCAUCUUUCUCUGUCAUCACAAACAAAAGGCUGGUGCUCUGUGCCGUUACAUGAAGUUGGUCAUUGCCAAGCACGUGCGAACUGAAGUGUUUUUGGAUUCCGACCAGCUAGAAGACCUUUCACUUCUCUUUGACAUGGUCGCCACUGACACAGGCUGCCUAAUUGCAGUGCUCACAGGGCAGACGCUACAAAGAGCUUGGUGUGCCGGCGAGAUAACAAGCGCUUACAAGCAGAAGGUGCCGAUCCUGCCAGUCUACUGCGAUGGCUUCCAGUUUCCGGGCGUGGGAUCCAGUGCUCUUGAAUCCCUAUGGGGGCAAGCAGACAAGAGGAUCUUGCUCAGCUGUGGUAUUUCGCUUGCAGACGUUCAGGCGGCCUACGAACACGUCCAGAGUCUGGAGCGCAUUGCCUUUUCACGCUCUGACGUACCAGCUGAGCAAGAGCAGCAAGUCAUCCAGGUGCUUGCCAUGGCUCACCAGAUGACUGGCAUCAAAUGGACCACAAACCUUACGAUAGACCCACAGGGAGACAUUGCAUCGACUUCAACAUUGAUAUUCACGACCGCGCGGCAGCCCGAAGCAGUAUCCACCAGCUUGAUGUUGCAGCAGCUGAUGCAGGUGGAGAAGCUACGUGCUUUCUACGUGAGUCGACCCGAAGACAUUUCCUCAGCAUUGAGCGCCCGGUCAGUUGUGAUACUGUUGAGCGAAGAUGCGCUAACAGAUCCAUGCUUUGCCAGACUGGUACUGGCGACCAAGAAGGUGCAGCUGGCAAAUGUCAUGGUGACCGACAGCACUUUCGAGUUUCCAUCUGCUGAGCUAUACAAGAAGAUUCAGCAGCAAGAUGAGCGGAUUGGGCGAAAGCUCGUGAGAGCCUACAAGUCCAUGCUUACGUCGGUGGCAAUGCCGCUGACCCCAUCUGCCAACGAAGAGAUUGUGCGAAAGCAAGCGUGGCAGAUCGCCGAGAGGUGUCGGCUCCACCAGAAGAGGAUGGACCGAUCGUCAUCUUCACUGAGCUGUUGGAGCCGCUCUGACUCCAGCGGCUCCACCCCCGUUGAAGAGAAUCUGAGUUCGGAUGGUUCAGGCGACAGACCUCCGCAUUCGCCCCCUGAGCUGAAGAAUGAUGUGUGCGACUCAGAUGAUGACUUUGUGCAAAAGUAUUUCUAG